AUGAAACGUAAUUCUUUUCAGUUUUGAAGAAAAUGAAAUUCCUGGUGGUAACACUUUUCUUGUACGCCGCGACUGCAGUAAGAGCUGGAGGUCUUACUGGACCCGAAGGAUACGGAGGUCCUAGCGAUGGAUAUAUAAGCCGUAGUGGAUAUGAUUUUAAAGGAUAUAACGGUUAUGCAAAAGAAGUCAGUGGAAGUGGGAAUCGAUAUAACGGAUUCGGAGUUGGACAUUGUAAAGAACUCAAUGGAUAUGGAGGUAAUGUCCAAAGACUCGUUGGUCAGUACGCGCCUGGUUAUGGUAUCGGUCAUACUGUUGGAAUUCUAGGUAAUGCAUAUAAUUCUGGAGGGUACCAAAGAGGUUUAGCUAACAGAUAUGUACAUAGCAAUGGAUAUGAAAAGGUAUUAAGAAGUGAAUAUGGAUUAACUAACGGGUAUGAAAAAGGUCUGAGAGGUAGAUAUGACACUGCUAGCGAAAGUGAAAAAGGACUGGAAAAUGCCUAUCGCCUUGGUAGUGGAAAUGGAUAUAGAGGCCAAUAUGAAGAUAUUAGCGGUAUAUCUGGUGUUAGUAACAUAUACGAAAAAAGUCUUUCUGGUGGAUAUGGCCUUGGUGGCAUAAAAGGCAAAACCUUUGGAGGACGCUAUGAAAAUUUUAACACUGUAUAUGGCAAAGGACGUGGAAAUAAAUACAGUGACGGUUAUAACAGUGGUGCUGAACAUGUUAAAAGACCCGGGGGCGGCCAUGGCCUCGAUGAUGAAUAUGAAAAAGAAGCUUUUGUUCUUAAUACUGGUUACAGUAAAAGUGGAAAUAGUAUAUACAGUCAGGAAAGAGCUGCUUCAUACAUUCUAGGAGAUUAUGGUAAAGAACAUGAUGUUAAUGCAUACGGAGGAUAUGGACAUAGUUACGGAUACCGGAAAUAGAUUCAUGUUCAGUGUUGGUAGGUCUACCAUGAAAUAUGUUCUAAAUGUACAAUGAAAAGUGAAGCUUUUUAAUUGGUAUUAAAUAAACAAUAGUGUUUCAUUAUAAGAUAAUAUUUUGUAAGUUAUAAUAUCAAUUAACAAAGCUUUCUCUAACUGAAGAUAUCAGUAUUUUAAAUCAUCAUUUGUGUAGAAGGAAAUCUAGACGAUUGGAAUUAGUGUAAAUAAAAAGGUAUUUAAAAAAUUAUCUUGAAUGUUUAAACUUAGAUCUUGAUAUGCAAAACGAUAUAUUAAAUUAACUUAAAUUAAACGAAAAUGCUUUUAUGUUAUGAGAGUGAAGUGCCUGUUACUAAAAUGAGACUUUAAGUGCCUGUUACUACAUACGAGUAAAAUUUCCAAAUUUUUCAGAGUCGAAUGUAGAUGCAGAUCAUCUUCUGAGAAUGUGAAUUCAGAAAAGAGAAAAAUUAGAGAAGAUAACUGUAAUAUACCGUGAUUGUAUACAUUAAAUAAACAUUUUAUUUAUUUAUUGCA